UCCAGCACCAUGGCCUCUGAUCGACCAAUGAGCGAGACGACCAUACUCCGGAAGCACGCUCUCUACCAGACGAGUUACGUGGAAAACCGUCACGUGAUGUCGCCUAGAAUCGGCAGAAGUCAAUCUCCCGCCAGAAAUCCACUCUUUAAAAAGAAGAGAGCCCCCAGCGUACCGAGCAAGACGAAAACAAGCGUCCAGAAGGAUCGGAGUCCACCGCCACUCCUGACGCGCACGCGACUCAGUCUAAAUCAGCUCGACGCUCGCAGACUUCAGCGGCUCGACCGACAGCGGCCGUGGCAGGAGAAACCACCGAAGCAGAAAAAAACAAAAGGAACCCUCAGAAUAUUUUACGACAAAACUCUGCCAACUGACGUUGAUACAUCAGAUCUGAAAUUUAAAGCGCGGAAGUAUGUGUCCAAUUCGAAAUAUGGCGACAUUUACAUGAUAAGAGAAAUCAAUAAAAAAGAGAAACCUAAACCGGAAACCCCUCCGCGGAAGUGGCUCUGGGAGGACGAGUACAUGCUGUGGAUGGCAACCGGAAGUAGGGACAAGUACCUCGAAGACAGAGGAUCGACUCGCACAAAAGCGGUUCCUUUGUACCAAACCGGAAGUUUGAAAUCCUCGUCAACAACUGAGUAACUGAUUUAGAUAACUGAUCACUUUUUCCUUUUUUCGAUGACUGGACUUAAUUGUGAACAAAACGUUUAAAUCAACAAGGAUACUUGCAGAAU